GGCUUGUUUUCACGGACAAUGGUUGUGCAACAUCCUUUUUUCAGCUAAGUGAAACUUAAGGAAACCGGCAAAGAGAUUUUUUGCAGAGGUUCAGAAGGAGAAGCAAAGAAAGUGACUUUUAAGACAGAAGGUCCUGACAGUCACACAGCAGCAGAUAUCUACACUGAAGAUUGAAAAUGGCCCAGCGUCGAAACUUCCUCUCGCUGUGGCUUCUGCUGCUUUUUGACGUCUCUGGAAGUGCUGUCAAGUUUUCAAUAUUCAGUCCAGGGAUUGCAGAGUUUACUGCGAAACCUCCAGAGGCUCAAGAAGGCGCCAUGAGGCUUUCCGGCUCUGAGAGACCCUGGGAGGGCCGCGUGGAGGUCUACCACAAUGACCGGUGGGGAACCGUGUGCGACGACGGUUGGGACAUGGCUGAGGCUCAAGUGGUGUGUCGCCAACUCAAUUUCCCAGGAGCCAAAUCUGUUGUCGUUGGAAAGAACUACAGACAAGCGUCAGGUCCCAUUUGGCUGGAUGACGUCAAAUGUGACGGCACAGAGAUGAGUCUCUUUGCUUGUCGUACGGAGAACUGGGGAGUGACCGACUGCACACAUAAAGAGGAUGUCGGCGUGAUUUGCGAACCACCAAACACGAACGUGACUGUCUGGAAUUUUACACACAACCUGGACCACAGCAUCAGCCUGUCGGAUGAUCUGGGCGCCCUACUCGACAGCGGGAGAGGUUGUGAUUUCCUGAUAGUCUUCGAGAGCGCCGCGGGGAACAAAGGCGACAACGACACCCUGGAGACCACCAUCUGCACGCACAAAGCCAUCCUCUCACAAUUCCGUGUCUUUAACAUGCCUGCGGGCAUCACGAUAAACGUCAGCCUGGCUUGCCAGCCUUAUGUCACCUCCUUUGUUAGAUACCUAUACACCCGCAAAAUGGACGUGACCGUCUCCUCGGCACAGUGCCUCCACCAGCUGGCAUCCGAAUUUAAGUUGAAGCGACUGAUGGGCGACAUAGGCCGUCUGUUCACACAGAUCCUACCAGACGAUUCCUCAUUUCAAACCCAGUUGUCCCUUCUUCAGUACGCCACACAAACUGAAGACAUCAUCCUGUGGGAGAACUGCAUGCAGUAUUUGGCCUGGAAUUUCCAGAAGCUAACCCAGUCCCCAGCUUGGCUCAACCUCUCCUGGGAAGUCCUCGGGGCACUUCUGUCCCGUUCGGACCUGGUGGUGCCAGAUGAAUAUUUUGUGCUGAAGACCGUGGAGAGCCUGAUACAGGAGAAGGGUAACAGGUCUACGUCGGAAGCCCAGGUUAAGCUACUAAACAGUGUCCGCUUCCCGAUGAUCCCUGCGGAGGAAUUGUACGAGCUAGAGGUCAACUCCUCUCUGUACGACAUUCAUAAGAACGUGUAUCAGGAGAUGAUGUUGAAAGCGUUGCAGUUUAACGUGCUGCUCUUCAACAAGCUUGCUGCUCACCCGAAGUUCAGCCAAGAUGACCAUUACCAGCCCAGGAUCUACACCGCCGAGCCGUGGGGCGUGGUCAUUAAUGCUACGAAUAGUGCAGGAAAACCAAGAGAGAGCGAUCAAAACUCACACAGAACAGGGAGUCCGUACUUCGAUAUGUACGGUAACUUAAUGGAUCGGUAUCACAAACCCGCACAAUAUGAAGAAACCUUAUCCGAAAGGUUCAGCACACGUCGCCACGGAAGCAUGCUCUUCAAGGACGACACCGUGGAUUGGGUGGCGAAGGUCUUCAAGACUCAAAGUGAGUGUUCUGACCAAUUGACAACUUGCGAAUCGUUCCCUGCGGCUAUGCUAGUUCACCAAGGAUUCACCCAUCGGGAAAACAUCAUCUACCGGAACCAGCUCCUCGUCAUUUGUCAAGAUAAGUACGUGUGUCAGGUUCAGGAGUUCAAAAACAGCAUGGCCUACAUUGCAGUCAACGGUACCAAAGUUCCAACCUACCCGUGUCCCAGUGAAAAGUACAUAUACCACUUUGUCGUGAGGCCAGAGUACAUCUAAGUACAUGGAUGUUUCUCUCUCUCUCCCACCCAUUAGAAAUGAUUUCCCAUCACUUUAAAUCAAUAAAUAAAUGGCAUUGA